AUGUCAACCCCAACAAAAAUUUUUUCAACUGAAGAACUCGAAGUAAAAUGGGAUAAGUUCAGCAAAACUUUUCAAUUUUAUAAUGAACCAACUACAUUACCAGUUUCAAUGCUUUUAAUGGGAAAUAUUGGUUUAACACAUCCAAAUAAUAAAAUUAAAUCAAUUGUCGAAGUUGCUUGUGGUGCUGGUGCAUCAACUGAAUUAGCACUUUUUUUAAAAAAAAAUGAAACAAAGUUUUUAGCAUGUGACCUUUCACAAGAGAUGUUGGCAUUGGCAAGAGAUCGUUUAGGUAUGAAACAAAACGAAGACGAAAUCAAAUCAAAGAAUUUUACAUUAAAACAAGGUGAUGCAGAGCAUUUACCAAUUGAAGAUUCAUCAGUCGAUCGUUAUUUUGCAAAUUACUGUUUACAUUUAGUUAAUGACCCAGAUCAAAUGUUACGUGAUUCCUACAGAGUUUUAGAAAAAGGAGGUAUUGCUGCUUUUUCAGUAUGGGGUAGAUCUCAAAAUUCAAAUCAAUUCGCUAUUGUUGGUAUCGUCGCAAAAGAACUUGGUAUUCAAUUAGCUGAUUCAGGCGCCAGAACACCAUAUCAUCUUGGUGACACAACUAAGCUCCGUAAAAUGGCCCUUGAUGCUGGUUUCCAAAGAGUUCAAGCUGGAUAUACAUUCUUUAACCAAAUUAUAAGCAAUGGUGUCGAUUAUGCAAAUAUAUUUUUAUCAACCCCAGAUGCAAAGGUUACACUUGAACGUAUUGGUGCAGAAAAAGAAGCUAUUUUAAGAAGUAAAGUUGCUGAAUACGUUGAUAAUUUAAUUUCUAAUGGCGAAAUGAUUGGAUUGGAUAUUGCUUAUAUUGUUUGUUUUAAAGAUUAA